UGCGCUGGGGCUGGGCGGCUGCUGCUGCGCGUGCGAGCGGGGAUCCGGGCGCGGGUGCCCGGCGCUGCUGCGCCUGCAGCCGGGAUGGGGAUGCGGCGGCUGGCGCUGCUGCCGCCCGCGCUGCUGACCUGCUGCGGCUGGCUCCUGGCCCCGGUAAACAGCAUUCAUCCAGAAUGCCGGCUUCGCCUGGAAAUACAGGAAGAAGAAACAAAAUGCACAGAGCUUCUGAAGGCUCAGACAGAACAGCCCAAAGCCUGCAGUGGCGUGUGGGACAACAUCACUUGCUGGCGGCCUGCAGAGCUUGGCGAGACUGUCACCGUGCCAUGUCCGAAAGUGUUCAGCAUUUUCCACAGCAAACCAGGAAACAUAAGCAAGAACUGCACAGGUGAUGGGUGGUCCGAGGUGUUUCCGACCCUCAUGGACGCCUGCGGCAGUCAGGACCUUGAGAAGAAGAUCUCAUUCUAUGACCUGGUGAAAGCUAUCUACACCCUUGGCUACAGCCUCUCUCUGAUCUCCCUGACAACCGGAAGCAUCAUUCUCUGCCUCUUCAGAAGGCUGCACUGCACCCGCAACUCCAUCCACCUCAACCUCUUCCUGUCCUUCAUCCUGCGUGCCAUCUCGGUGCUGCUCAAGGACAACGUGCUCUACUCCGACUCGAGCACUAGGCAGUGUCCCAACCAGCCGGCGUCCUGGGUGGGGUGCAAGCUCAGCCUGGUGUUCUUCCAGUACUGCAUCAUGGCCAACUUCUGCUGGCUGCUCGUGGAGGGGCUGUACCUGCACACGCUCCUCGUGGCCAUCUUCGUCCCCAGCAGGUGCUUCCUGGCCUAUCUCCUCAUAGGAUGGGGAAUCCCCACCAUCUGCAUCACGGCGUGGACGGCGGCCAGGAUCCUUCUGGAGGACACCGGGUGCUGGGACACCAAUGAGCACAGCCUGCCCUGGUGGGUCAUCCGGACCCCCAUCCUGAUUUCUAUCAUCGUCAAUUUUGGCCUCUUCAUCAGUAUCAUACGGAUUUUACUGCAGAAGCUGACGUCCCCAGAUGUGGGCCACAACGAUGAGUCACAGUACAAGAGACUGGCCAAGUCCACGCUGCUGCUCAUCCCGCUGUUCGGAGUCCACUACGUGGUGUUUGCUGCGUUUCCCUUCGGCUUCUCCUCUGAGUACCAGAUUCUCUUCGAGUUGGGCCUCGGCUCCUUCCAGGGCCUGGUGGUGGCUGUUCUGUACUGCUUCCUCAACAGCGAGGUGCAGAGUGAGCUCAGGAGGAAGUGGCACAGCCUGUGGCCGGGGCGGCCAUCAGCCCGGGACUACACGCUCCACAGCUCGUCUGUCUCCCGGAAUGGCUCCGAGGGCGCCCUGCAGUGCCCCCGGGGCUCCCGUGCCCUGUCCUUUCUGCAGACGGAGACCUCGGUCAUCUAGUGCCCCCUGCAGUCCCACGUCAGCACUGCUGCGCACCCUGUGGAGAGGAGGCUCCAGGCCUCUCUCCCGAGGCCGGACACACCCCAGGCUGAGGCAGACGAGGGAGCAGGUGGGAGUAUGGGGACACAGGCAGCCCCCCGGGCCUCCCUGUCAUCGGCCUGCCCUGUCCUCAUGCUCCCCAGAGGAGCAGAGGGGAGGCAAGCACCGCUGACCCCUGCCCGAAUGGAAGCUGCUGUGCAAACUAUAAACAUGGAUGGAGCGCCCCGUGCCACGCCAGUCCUGCUUCUGUCCUGGGACUUGGGGAGGAGAGCAGAGAGGGCUGUGGGCUCCAGCCUGCCCGGAGCCCUGCACAGGGCUCUCCCUCCUCUCCCUGCCCAGGUUCCCAGUCUCACAGCUCUGAUUCCCUUAUAAACGAGGCUGUGGCAGGAGCAGGCGGGACUGUCCCUGGGCAAUUUCACCGUCCUGCAGUGACCUGCUGUGUGUCCAGGUCAGAGGGAGAGAAGCCCAGGGCCAGGAGCUGGGGCAGAGGACAGUGACCCUGGCACAGGGAGCACUGUGACCCAACACUCUGAAGCCAGCUGUGGUCCCCGGGUUGGUUGGUUUAGCCAAACCCCGUCUAAUGAUCUGCGUGGCACUCUGGUGGGUACAUUCCGGUGGUGCGAUACUUGGAUCUUUCAUGCAUAAGGCAGAACCAGAACUGUGUUGCCUUCAUUCACUUUUCAAGGUCAUUUGUGCCAGCGUGCCACACAGCCUCUGGGCGUCCUACCCCUGAGGGGACAGUGCCUCACUGCUAGUGAGACCCACCAGUCACACCUGCCAGCCUGACCCGUCUGUUACUCUGAACUGUGGAAUCAUAGACAGUAAGAUCAGUGGCAAUGGCCGUGGUCCCCACACAAGGCAGCCUGCUCCUAGUACAGAGAGGGGGACACCGUGACCCCACACCCCUGCCAUUCCCAACAGGUUUGGUCAUGUGCUGCGUUCCCAGAACUCAAAGCGUGCUGAGGAAUGGCCACACGUGUGCUGCAGAGAAGAGAUGGGCGGGGGUGGGAGUGGGGCUGAAGCAGAGUGCCUGAGGCCCAGCACCCCAGGGCAGGUCCCACUGCGUGCUGCAGACCAGGAGCUCUCCUGUGCGGGUGUGGGGGUCUCUGUGCCCAAGCUCAGGGGUUUGGUCCCACAGAGCAGCCCAGCCCCUGGCGUGAGGCUCCCGCUCCUCACCUUUAGGGUAGGGCCAGCAUCCCCCGUUGCUCCCAAGACCAGCAGAGCUGCUGCAGCCGAGGUCCCGCCCAAGCACGCCCAUCUGUGGUGUUUGGCAGUUCCCAUGCCUGACACCCCACCACCACCUCCAGGGAUCAGAACAGUGAAAUGCCACGUGGAUUUCAGCUAGCUCCUUUGUCCUAAAUAGACUGUAUUUAUGUCUAUA